ACAAAAAGACUGACCUUUCCAUGAAUAAGAAUCCUUCUCGUGGGAGAGCCUGAAGCUGGAAGCUCGGUUUCUCCUGCCUAGAGACUCCACUGAGCCUUUGGCCUUCGGACUGGAACUAUAUUCUCACUCUCUGGGGUCUCCAGCUUGCCAGCUACGGACUUGGGAUUUGCAUGACCAUCCGGAUCCAGCCUGAAGAUGACCUCACUAGUCUCGGCGGUGUCUGGGCCCCAUGCACGGCUCUUUUCCUGCCUCCUCAGACUCGGCCCGCAGCAGGUUGGCUCACUUAAGCUGCACACGGGGACCAGCUGUGCAGCUGCCAGGAGCUACUAUGAGGUGCUGGUGCUGGGUGGCGGCAGCGGAGGGAUCACCAUGGCUGCCCGCAUGAAGAGGAAAGUGGGUGCCAAGAAUGUGGCCAUUGUCGAGCCUAGUGAGAGACAUUUCUACCAGCCACUCUGGACUCUAGUAGGCGCUGGUGCCAAACAGAUAUCCUCAUCGUACCAUCCCACAGCAAGUGUGAUUCCAUCUGGUGUAGAAUGGAUUAAAGCUAAAGUGGUUGGAUUGAACCCAGACAAGAACUGCAUCCAAACAGACAAUGACAAGGAGAUCUCCUAUAAAUAUCUUAUCAUUGCUCUUGGAAUCCAGCUGGACUAUGAGAAGAUCAAAGGCCUGCCUGAAGGCUUUGCUCAUCCCAAAAUAGGGUCGAACUAUUCAGUGAUGACAGUGGAGAAGACGUGGAAAGCUCUGCAGGAUUUCAAGGAGGGCAACGCCAUCUUUACCUUCCCUAACACUCCCGUGAAGUGUGCUGGAGCGCCCCAGAAGAUCAUGUAUUUAUCGGAAGCCUAUUUUAGGAAGACAGGAAAGCGAUCCAAGGCCAAUAUCAUUUUCAACACAUCUCUUGGAGCCAUCUUUGGGGUUAAGAAGUACGCAGAAGCCCUGCAGGAGAUUAUCAAGGAGAGGGACCUGACUGUUAACUACAAGCAGAACCUCAUUGAAGUCCGAGCCGAUAAACAAGAGGCUGUGUUUGAGAACCUGGACAAACCUGGAGACACCCAAGUGUUUUCAUAUGAAAUGCUCCAUGUCACACCACCAAUGAGCCCACCAGAUGUCCUCAAGACGAGCCCUGUGGCUGAUGCUGCAGGCUGGGUGGAUGUGGACAAAGAAACUCUGCAGCACAAGAAAUACCCAAAUGUGUUUGGGAUUGGGGACUGCACCAACCUGCCCACGUCGAAGACCGCCGCGGCAGUCGCUGCACAGUCGGGAAUACUUGACAGAACAAUUUCUCUGGUAAUGAAGAACCAAACACCAAGGAAGAAGUAUGAUGGCUACACCUCGUGUCCACUGGUAACUGGCUACAACACUGUGAUUCUUGCUGAGUUUGACUACGCAGCUCAGCCGUUGGAGACCUUCCCCUUUGAUCAGAGCAAAGAGCGCCGUUCCAUGUACCUCAUGAAGGCCGACAUGAUGCCUUUCUUGUACUGGAACCUGAUGCUGAGGGGCUACUGGGGCGGACCAGCGGCUGUGCGGAAGCUUUUGCACCUGGGUAUGAGUUAAGGCGGCGGGUUCAGGACCUGCUUUCCUCGGAUGGAAGAGAGUCGAUUGGGCAAGAGCAGUGCAAAGGACUCAGUGAAGAGUUUCCUGCUGGAGAAUGGUGAUCACGUGCUGACUUUUUCAGGAUCUCUGAACAGCCACCAUGUGGGCUGACCCAGAUGUAUGUGUGUGGGGUUUUUUUUAAAUAUGCAGAUGAUAUAAUAGACUUCUCUUUUCUAAAUAAAAGUGUGCCACUGAUCGA